CCGUCAUGCGACUCCCCAGUCGUCCACAGGUGUGGUCGGCCUUCGUCAAACAAUGAUGGAGGACAGUGCUGCCGUUAUCACGGCGCACGAGCAAACACAGCGCACAGUGAACGACUGGAUGACGGCAGAAUGUAUCCCAUUCAAUAUGAUGCGGAGCGAGUACUGGGACAAAAUGGUGCAUGCACUCAUGUAUGCGCCCAAAGGAUUCCGGUACGCGAAAUUCGAGACUGCAAGGACAAAGAGGGUCGAAGUGACGAGGGGGAGGGUCGGGAUGAGGGUGGAGGAGCUGCGGCAGGAGUGGUCAACCACUGGCUGCAUGUUGCAGCUUGAUGGUUGGACAGAUCGCCGACAAAGACCAUACAUCAAUGUGAUGGUCUCCUUCCCGAAGGGCUCUGUCUUCUGGCGAAGUGUGUGCAUGUCAGGGCGCAACAAAGGCGCCUCGGCAUACUAUGGCAUUCUGAAGAGGGCAAUAGAGGAGAUAGGUGCGGAGGCAGUGGUGGGGGUCGUUAUGGACAAUACUGUCGUUUGUGCAGCUGCGGGGCGAAUGGUGGAAGCGGAUCACCCGCACAUCUUCUCGGUCCCAUGCACAGCUCACUCACUCGACCUAAUUUUUGAGUCUUUCGCGAAGAUCACGUGGGUGGGCGAAGUUAUUAAAAGGGCGUCGGAGGUAGCAAAGUUCUUCACGAACCUUUCACGGGUGCGGGAUCUCCUCCUCCACUACUCCAAUGGCAGCGUCGUGGCAAAACCGGGUGCGACCCGGUUUGCCACGAACUUCAUCAUGUUGUCGAGCCUGCAGGGAAUAGACUUGCCGCUGCGAGCGUGUUUGACGGACGAUGAUCGGAAGCCAACGAUUGUGCACACUUCGCAACACGAACUGUUUGUGAGGGUGACACAUGCCAUCUUCGACGACACCUUCUGGGCAGAUAUCGAGAAGGUCGACGGCGCGGGCCCCACCAUCAGUAAGGUGUACGCCCGUAUGGACAGCGCUGUGGAGAAACUGAGGGAGAGCAGGCACUUCACGGAAGCAGAAAAGGAUGAGCUAGAGGSUAUAAUAAUGCGGCGCUGGAAUACAAUGACUUCACCACUGCAUUGUGCUGCGUUGUUUUUGGAUCCGGAGUACAGAGCGUCGCGGCCGGAAUCCGAUGCAGAGAUUGUGGACGGGUUUUGGACAUGGCUUUACUCGUGGUGCAAGGAGGCUGCRUACARGGAGGUCGACGCGGAGGUCUGUUCUUGGAUCGAGGGCACCGGGAGGCACACUACCGAAAAUGCGAGGACACAAGCCCGUACGAUGCAGCCGGCGAGGUGGUGGCGGAAGUGGUGCAGCGACAUGCCCAUCCUCCAAAAGCAAGCCGUUCGGCUCCUUGGACAAGGCUCCUCCUCCUCUAGUUGCGAGAGGAAUUGGAGCUUGUUCGAACGGAUUCACAGCCGUCUCCGCAACAAUCUUGGCGCCGUCAAGCUAAGCACGCUGGUUUUCAACAGAUGGAACCAGCACUUGUUGGACUUCUUGACCAAGAAACCGAAGGCUUACGAUGCGGCGAAGUGGGAAGAGGAUGAGCCGGUGGAAGAUCUCAAACGAGAUGAGAUAGCGUCGGAUGCACGCCUGCGGUUGGGGGAGUGGCGUGCCCACUUGCGCGGAACACAUUCGGUCCACGACGAAGGUGAGAAUGACGACUCGGGCUCCGACGAGGAGGACAUUCCUGUCCAAACUCAACAAACGGCUGUUGCGGAGGAGGUCACAAUUCAGCAUCGUCGGCUGCGCAGCAAGUUGUUCGAGCUCGAGAGGGAGCUCAACGAGUCGUGGAGGAAGGCAACGAAAGCUUCCAAGUUUUUGGCCCGGCAGCAUUUGCAUGACUUGGAUCAGGCUACCAGGACCAGGACCCUUGAGCAUGCCAACAAGUACAAAGCUGCGCGGGCUGCUGCAUGUGCACCACCCUCCGUACCCACCAAACGAGGGAGAGGGAGACCUCGAAAGGACGCUGCGACUCAUGGGGGGACAGGUGAUAAGGAAGUUGAGGAUGCGGAAGGUGGAGAUUUGGAAGGGCCCGCCGAAGAGGAGGAGGAAGCAGCGCUUGAAAAGACGAGCAGCGCUGACAAACAUGGCAGCAGCGACGGAAGCAGCAGCAGCGACGAAAGCGGGGCUGAGCAUAAUGAAAAUGACGGGAGCGGCGGCAGCGGAGGUGCGAGUGAUGGCAGCGACAGCAGCGAUGAAAGUGGAGGUGGCCGUGGCAGCAGUGAUGGCGGCGAGAAAGAUGGGAGGUCGUCGGAGGAAGAGGACAACUCCGAAUGCGAAGGCCAGUAGGGAGAUGGGAGUUCGUCGGAGGCAGAGGACGACUCCGACUUACAGCGCAGUCAGACAUCGC